CGUGACCCUGCCGGGCCACCGUCUCUCGCACCCUCUCUUCCCCCUGUGUUUUCCCCCUCGGGGCUGCGUGUGCGGGGUCCGACCCCCCCCACCGGAGGGCUCUCCUCUCCUCUCACUUCCUCCCCCUGGGGCGGGGCCUCCUCGUUGCCUGGGAAACGCAGCCCUCUUGCGUACCCCUUCCCCCGCCGAGGAGCGCCCGCUUCGCAGUCCUGGGUUCAAGCGCCGCCUUGACCUUGCCUCUGGACUCCCCGUGACCGUGGGAGAGGCCAGUUCUAGAAUCUGCCAGACAGGAUGGGGAAAGGCUACAAGGUCGUGGUUUGUGGAUCGAUGGCAGUGGGGAAAACAGCGAUUUUGGAACAGCUUCUUUAUGGGAAUCACGUUAUUGGUAAAGGAGACAGUGAAACGGUGGAAGACGUGUAUGUGGCAUCAGUGGAAACUGAUCGAGGGGUGAGGGAGCAGCUGCGCCUGUAUGACACGCAGGGUCUGCAAGAAGGCGAGGAGCUGCCCAAGCAUUACUUCUCUUUUGCUGAGGGGUUUGUGCUGGUCUAUGCGGUGAACGACCUCGUAUCCCUUCGGAAGGUGGAGAGUAUUAAGAAAGAAAUAGAUAAGUUCAAGGAUAAAAAAGAGAUAGUAAUUGUGAUCUUGGGAAACAAAUCUGAUUUGUCUGAGCAGAGGCAAGUGGAUGCUGACAUGGCCCAGCAGUGGGCGAGGAGUGAGAAAGUGAGGCUGUGGGAGGUGACCGUGACUGAUAGGAAAACUCUCAUUGAACCAUUCAUCCUCUUGGCCAGCAAGCUCACCCAGCCCCAGAGCAAGUCUGCUUUCCCCCUGCCCGGAAGGAAGAACAGAGGCAACAUCACUUCUGAGAAUUAGCCAGUCUCACAGUAAAAUGGCAUCCAGGAAAACCGCCGGCCUCAUUCUAGACUUUUGUGAGAAGUGAGCAGAUUUAAAAUCAUAAGCUGCUGCCUAGAGCAUCCACCUUUUUUCCCUUAGGGAACAGGUCCAAUGAGGUCUCUAAAAGCACUUUCUAUCUUUAAGUUAUAAUUUAUGGAGUUGGGUUGGAGGGGAGGGGAGAGAAUGGGGAAGGAGAUUGCCUGCUGUUCUGAUGUGAAAUUGUCAUAUGUGCUGUAAAUACAAUUUACGUGUUCAUUUCAGAGCGGUGUUUUUUUAACAAAGAUAGUACACUUGUGUUAAAGACUAUGAAAAUAAAAUGUGGGUGGCAUAAACGCA